AAAAAAAGAAGAGGCGCAAUGAUGGCCGCUGUGUUUGCUAUGCAGGGAUUCGGAAUAUUCGCAGCAGGUCUUGUAGCACUUAUUGUAUUAGCAGCUUUCAGGAAUGGCAUCAUUCAUAAUGUUAUGGUAAUUGAUUACUGCUGGCGUUUGAUACUUGGUUUGGGAGCCGUACCUGGUUUACUCGCUCUCUACUUUCGUCUCACUAUUCCAGAAACGCCACGAUAUACAAUGGAAGUUGAAAGAAAUCUAAUGAAAGCGUCUACAGAUAUUACAUCCUAUUUGCAGAAAAAAGCUAAUGAAUCACACAAUAACGAUAAAAAUGAUCAUGACAAUAAUAACGAUAAUAAUCAUAACGACAAUAACGAUCAUAACAAUCAUAACGACAAUAACGAUCAUAAUGAUAAUUACAAUCACGAUGAUGAUACAUCAUCUGAAUAUCAUGUACCAAAAGCAAGUUGGUCUGAUUUCUUUAAUUAUUUCGGAAAAUGGUAUAAUGGAAAAGUUUUAUUAGGUACUUCCAUGUCAUGGUUCGCACUGGAUAUUGCUUUUUAUGGAAUUGGUCUUAACAACGCGAUUAUUCUAAGUGCAAUUGGCUACUCGGAUGCUAAAGAUGCUGAUUAUAAUUUAAGGGCUUAUAAUUCACUUAAAAAUAUGGCAAUUGGUAAUAUUAUCAUUACAAUUAUGGGUACCAUUCCUGGUUAUUGGGUUACCGUAUUAUUGGUAGAUAAAUGGGGUCGAAAGCCUAUUCAAUUUAUGGGUUUUGGUGUCCUUACUGCACUCUUUAUUGCUAUGGGCGCCUCUUUUGAACAACUGAAGGAACAUUCUAUUCCUGCAUUUAUCGUCUUAUUCGUAUUGUUGCAGUUCUUUCAAAAUUUCGGUCCAAACACAACAACAUUUAUUGUACCGGGAGAAGUUUUUCCAACGCGCUAUCGGUCAACUGGUCAUGGUAUAUCAGCAGCGUCCGGAAAACUUGGUGCAAUUGUUGCUCAAGUUGGAUUUUCAAAACUUAAAGACAUUGGUGGAGCGGACGCAUUUGUGGGUCGAUUGCUUAUAAUCUUUGCAGCAUGGAUGUUUAUUGGUGGUUUAUUCACCCUGUUAUUACCCGAAACAAAAGGUUUGUCACUUGAAGAAUUAUCCAACGAAGAUCAUUUUUAUAAAGAGAAAAAAGAAAAAGAAAAGAAAAAAUCGGAAGUUUAAAAUUAAAUUAUGGUGUAAAAAAAAAUCACUUCAAAAAUCCUUAUAUAUUUUUUUAUAAAUUUUUUUUUUUACAUCACUUGUUUUUUAAUUUAUUCAUUACCUUAUGUAUUACAAAAAAUUAAGAAUCUUUAAUAAAAAAUUGAAUCAGAAUA